GGAGAAUAAAGAGUGUGGAGUUGAACUCGUGCCAUUGUAGUGACUCAUCUCGGGCAGAACGCAGGGGCUUGAAGCGAGACAGCGAGCUGCGCUCGGCAGGGACUGAGAGAGAGAGAGAGAGAGAGAGAGAGAGAGAGCGAGAAAGGGGGAGAAAGAGAGAGAGGGAGGGCGAAGCGAGGCAAGACGCUCGAGGCCAGCUCGUCCUGGAGCGGACACCGGGUGCAGGUCACUGCGACGCGGAGCCACGUCCCUCUUAGCACUGCUCAGCCUGGAACCCCACGGGCACUGUCCCGCCGGCGCGAUCCGGGCAGCUGGACAGGCGCUCACUGCCUUGUCCUAAGUCAAGUGUCCGAGUCGCCGGGAAACUCAGGCGGCGAGUUGGCCACAGGAAGUUUAUUCUCGGGCUCCUUUUCUAAAAGGAGGAAACAGAAGUUUCUCCCAACCGGCAGCUUUUCUUUUUCGCCUUUUUGGCGCCCUGUGAGAUUGGGGAGGGAGUCCCCCAGAGCUGCCAAGCAACACCCGCUGGGCUCCUAGUCUUUUUUGCGUUGCCCAUUUUUGAUCCAGCCCGUGGGUCCCGGCGGAGCUCCGGCUGCGCGCGGGGGCGGAAGGGCGCGCGCAGGGGAGGGACCGAGGGACGCGCCGACUUUUUAGAGGGAGGGACCCGGUGGACAGCCGGUUCCGCGGAGCUUGCAGAGCAGAAACGAAGUGCGGUGCGCGGCGAUCGGGGGAUCACUUCCCGAGUGUCGCCGCCUCCCUGUCUGCCUCGGUUGGGGGACAGCCCCGGAGCCAAGAGCCCAGCCCGCGGCGGGGCCGGUGGACCAGCGAGCGCGCAGCAGACUGCGCGGCCGCGGCGAGGGCGGGGAAGAAAACCACCCUGUUUCCUCUCCGGCCCCCACCGCGGAUCAUGUACCAGGAUUAUCCCGGGAACUUUGACACCUCGUCCCGGGGCAGCAGCGGCUCUCCUGCGCACGCCGAGUCCUACUCCAGCGGUGGCGGCGGCCAGCAGAAGUUCCGGGUAGAUAUGCCUGGCUCAGGCAGCGCCUUCAUCCCCACCAUCAACGCCAUCACCACCAGCCAGGACCUGCAGUGGAUGGUCCAGCCCACAGUGAUUACCUCCAUGUCCAAUCCUUAUCCACGCUCACACCCCUACAGCCCCCUGCCAGGGCUGGCUUCUGUCCCUGGGCACAUGGCUCUCCCCAGACCUGGCGUGAUCAAGACCAUUGGUACCACUGUGGGCCGCAGGAGGAGAGAUGAGCAGCUGUCUCCUGAAGAAGAGGAGAAGCGUCGAAUCCGGAGGGAGAGGAACAAACUGGCUGCAGCCAAGUGUCGGAACCGUCGCCGUGAGCUGACAGAGAAGCUGCAGGCGGAGACAGAGGAACUGGAGGAGGAGAAGUCUGGUCUUCAGAAAGAGAUCGCUGAAUUGCAGAAGGAGAAGGAAAAGCUUGAGUUCAUGUUGGUAGCCCAUGGCCCUGUGUGCAAAAUCAGCCCCGAGGAGCGCCGAUCGCCCCCGACCGCCGGGCUGCAGCCCAUACGUGGUACAGGCGCUGUGGUGGUGAAGCAAGAGCCUCUCGAAGAGGACAGCCCCUCUUCCUCAGUGGUAGGGAUGGACAAGACCCAGCGCUCUGUCAUCAAACCCAUCAGCAUUGCUGGGGGUGGUUUCUAUGGGGAAGAGCCUCUGCAUACCCCCAUCGUGGUGACCUCCACACCUGCCAUCACUCCAGGCACUUCAAACCUUGUCUUCACCUACCCCAAUGUCCUGGAGCAGGAGUCGCCUGCAUCACCCUCAGAGUCCUGUUCCAAGGCUCACCGCAGAAGCAGUAGCAGUGGGGACCAGUCGUCAGACUCCUUGAACUCCCCCACACUGCUGGCCCUGUAACCCUGUGCUCCUCUGGCCAGCUCUGGAGGAGUCAUCAGCAUUAUCACCCUUCCCGGGGACCAGUACCUUUAGCACUCCAGGGCCAUGAGGGAAAAGGGGGGGGGGGGGCUUGGCUCUGGGGACCCAGUGGGACUUAGCGGUGAGGUACUGGUUGAUGUCUUGAAAGCCCCGGGACCCCCUUCCCUCCUUCAUCUUGCAAGCCGAGGAGAACUUGGUUUUGGUGGACUCAGACGUCUCUCCUGCUUCUGAAGCGCCUAGAGCUGGCCCGGAUGGUUCCUGUCCCUUUGUUACGCUGUUGUCUCUGGAGUGAUGGUGUCCUUUCCUGCCCCACCACGCAUGCUCAGUGCCUUUUGGUUUCCCCCUCCUUCCCGCAAUCUCAGUUUUACUCCCUCUGGGUUUUUAUGAGAUUUGCCAUGACAUUUCAUCUGGGUGGUCCCGCUAUUAAAAUGCUGGGGGAGCAGGUGACUCUUCUCCUGGGGCGGAUAUGUCCCGAAGGGGCAGUCAAAGUGCAAUAUUAUUGAACCUUCCCUCCCACACACCCCAGCGCACUGCCAUCCCAGACUACCAGCCGGCUCCCUGAGUUCUACAGGCGAGGCUGUCACCGUUGGGGUACACCAAGGACCUUUCCUCCCCAGCCUUGGAGAUGUUCAUCUCUUCGAAGAUCAGCUUGGCCGGAAGACAGGGUGUAAGUGCAACAACCAGGGCACAGGUUGGGUUUGCCAAAUGCCAAAUUACCAAGCCAGGAUUAGUGCCAACAAAGCCACGUGACUGUCCCAGUGAUCCUCCUUCACCUAAUGGCUCGAGCAGAACCUCUCUUGUAAUUACUGCCUCACAAUUCUGCCCCUGGACCCUUCUCUCCAGACCAGGGAGGUGCACCUUCCUAGGAACCACACAGCACUCCGAAGCCCUGCUGCGUUCUGCCCUUCCCUGACUCUCAGGGUGACAGUGCCCAUAGAUAUUUAAUGAGUGUGGGCCUGGCCCCUCUCCCAAUUUGAACUAAUGGUUUCUCUUCAGACCUCAGGUGGAAGAGCUGGGGAGAUGUCGGACUGUGCUAGGAAUGUUUUUGGCCGCAGCAUCAGCCCCGGGUACCUAGCCUUUCCUGGCUGCUCUCCUAUUAGUGAGGUGCAGGACUCCUACCCCACCUCCCUCAGUGGUCUCUGCCGUUGAUGAAUGGAUUCGUUUCCUUUGAUACUUUGGUGGCCCACUCCAGAGUGACCUUCUGACCAGCAGGCCAGUUGGGAGUCAUUGGUCUCAGCCAGUCGUGCUAGGGCUUGGGGUAUCUGUGCCAUUCCUAUCAAAGUAUGGGAUCCUUUCCACUGCUGAAUCCUUCUCACAGGUAUCCUGGCCUCCCCAAGGGCAUACUCCUGCUCCUGCAUCCCAUCCCUCUCUCCCCGCCGCAUGCUGACCCAAGUGUGGGAAGUGGUGUCGGGUCAGAACUGGUCCCUAGUGCUAAUGAUCUGCUUUAAUGUUUCCACUCCAGAGAUUCUAAAACCCUGUUAUUUGAACCAAGCCCAGUGGUGAAAAUCUGAAUUUUGAGAGGGAAGGGACAGCUUCACAGACCUGUGCUUUUCUCAGCCCAAGUUCACUUGUGCCAGCCACAAUUUAAUCCCAUGAUCCACUGACAUGCAUGCACAAUACACAGGAUCCAGGAGCCAUGUGGAAAGUUUGCCCAGCCCAGCAGAACUGAAAGUGAUAGGGGGUGGGGGGCAGGGUUUGGCUAGGUAGAGAGGGAGAGGGGAGGAGAAAGGACUUUUGUUCAGAAUAAUUUCCAUAUACUCGUUCCCUAUGCCCUGGCUCUAACUUUGCCAUCCUGGUCUCCCAGAGCCUCUGAGUGGGGUGCUCCUGAGGAGACUGAGCAGGUGGCUUCCUGGCCUCAGAGUCCCCCUAGAAACAGAAGACAGCUAGGAGUAGCUGAAGUUAGGCAAAUACCCAGGGGUGAACUGGGUGAACUCAGUUAAGCAUUUAUCAUCUCAAGCCAAGUGGAGCUCUUUCCCUCCUGGUGCCCAUGGGUAUUUCUGAAACGAAGCUGCUUUUAUUCUGUUAUUUCCCAAAGGCCCUUCCUGCCCCAAUCUCCACAGCAUGGAUCCCAACACAGGUCACAGGCCUGUGAUUUGGUGCCCCAGUUGGACACUCCUGAGACCCCCAAGUCUGGCUCUCGGUUCAGAUUUCAAGCUGUGUUGGCAUCAGUGAUAGAAGGCACAGCCAGCUAACCUGAGCCUCAGAAGUCUCUGAGGUCAUUUUCCCUUCUGAGCUGCUUGCUUUCGCCUACAAGAUCUCAUGGCUUUUCCAAAGGCAGAAGUUUCUGGGGGGAAAGCUGGAUAUUCACACCUAAACUGUGGGUAUAGCCUCAGUUGGCUUCCUUUUGGCUUGCUGUCCAAGUUCAUUUACCUACAUGUCACUCACACAUAUGCCUGUGCUCCAGGUCAGGCACCUGGCUUGACGUCCUGCCCACAGUUCAGGGAACAGCUGCAGUGGAAGGGGGGGAGGGCUGUUCUCAGACAAGGUUCCUGUCUCCCUAUGUGUGUCCUCAGCUGGCGUGGGCUUUGGCUGGACUGUGAGCAGCUCUGGGUUGGCAUAGGACAGGUACUCCUUAAUCAGCUAGUAUGGAACACAGUCCUCAUGGCCUCCCAGUCUCUGUGAGGACAGUCCUCCAUCUGACUAGCUAGCUAGGGACAGUUGUGGCACAGGAAAGAGAGGAGAGCCCAGGUGAGGGGAGAUAAUGCCAAGCAGAUGGUUUUUCUGGGGGAGAUUUUUUUCGGAAGUCAAACUGCUGUUGUCACAGGAUGCGUGUGCCCAUGUUGGCCAGUCAUGGGAGCGUUUCAAAGCUAACAGUAAGCAGAGCCUGGCACUUCCUCAGGCUUUGGGGGAGAGAACCCAAGUCUGCUUGCACUUGACUCCAAGUGUGGAAGGCAGAUAGGCCAUGUGAAGGGUCUGAAUUCGUUUCUCCCCAUUUUCCAGAGACAGCAAAAGUGUUCUUGAGAUGUCACCAUUUGUCGUUCACAGUGACUUCCUUCCCUGGUUAGAUAUCCAUGUGGCCUCUUUAGGGAGGAAUGUAAUAAGCACCUACUAUGUGCCAGGCACUAUGAGGCACUUUAAUAUUAAUCCUCUUUUAAGAUGGAACUAAGGGUUCAUCCCCUUCUCAAAGGUCCCAAGUAAUGGUUAAACAAAAACACUUGGAGAUGAGAGGGCUUUCUUCAAAGACCCCAGGUGGGAGUGCCUUUAGUCUGGUGGUCCUCAUCGACUCAUCCCCCUUGCAGCAUCUGCCCACCCCAGGCUCCUCCCCCUCGGGCUCCUCGAACCCGGCCUGUGCUCUCCUCACAGGCAACCUGAGUUCUCAUAGAAUUUGUGGACCAAUAGGAUAUGUAGUGUGUUUGACUUUCUUUUUUUAAAUGUAGGUAACGGGGUCUUGCUGCAUUCUGCUUGAGUCAUUGUGGCAUUUGUCUUCAAGCCAGCAUCUCACUAUUUAUUAACAGGGGCGUGUGAGUGUGUGUUGUGUGUGUUCACAUUCGGAUUCCCACGAGUGUGAGCAUGUGUGUGUACUUGUAUCCUCCUGCAGCUUUUUUUUUUUUUUUUUUUUUUUUUUUUUUUUUUUUUUUUUAAAGAAGGGAACCAAUCAUCCCACUGCUAAGUUGGUGUCUUCUCGUCUUCUCGUGCUUCUAGUGUUUUGGCCUGGCCACACCUCACCAAAUGCUGGUGAUGAUCCAGUACUAAUGUGUUCAGGAGGAACUGGGUCAAAUUUUGACAGAGGGUAUGGGAAGGGAAAGGGGAGAAGAAAAUGACAUUUAUUUUAUUAUUUAUUUUAAAUGUUUACAUCUUCUUUGUGUUGUUUCAAGCCUGAAUAGAAACAGAUAGCAUUAAAGUACCUUCCCCCACGCCCCCCUUUUCUAACUUAGGAUAAUGAUGCUCUAUUUUGUUUAUUUGUUUCUAAAGUGACUUGUGGACUUGUGCUGUAUAAACUGUAUUAAAAGGUUCUGUUUUUAAAGAUUGAUUGUCAUUCCUCUGGGGACAGUGGCUGCUAAGAAAUCUACGUUGUAAGAGAACACAAUGAAAAAGACCCUGGCCCUGUCUCUCAAAACUUAACUUUCUCUGUAUGAUUAAAAAAAUAUUCCAUUUAUUUUACUUCGUGGUUACUUGAUUUUGAGGGAGAAAAUAUUCAACUUUGUAUAAAGACUAGGUAUCAGGGUGUCUUUUGCAGUGGGAGGUGUAUAUAUCGUAUUUGGGUGUAUAGUGGAAACUCAAGCUUCGUGCAUCUGUAUUUGGGAUGUGUCAAUGACGUGAAGUGAAAUCUGCUAUUAAGACCCUGGAGGCAAAUGAGUUGUACAAGGUUUUAUGGCUCUGUGGGGAAUUUUAAUGACCUUUCUGGGCACCUUUUGUCCCCUAUUUUUAAAGUGAUGGUGAAAUGGCCCUAUUGGAGGGCCUCUCUAGUCGAACUCUCCUGGCAGGACCAUAUGCUCAAAACUCUUUGUACAGUUUUUAAAAUUGAGGAGUAUCCCUGCUCGGAAGCAUCUCUGGUGGUGUGUGUUGUGUUGUUCUGUGUACUGUACGUGACACAAGCCUACAGUGUUUGCACUAAGAAAAGCUUGUUGGGAGAAGCUUGCUGCUAUGGAGAAAAGAACAUAUUAAAACUUAUUUUCCCUUGGGGUUUAUUUUUGUUUUAUGUUUUUGUUGUUGUUGUUAGCUUUCCCACUUUCCAUUGAGUAGCAUUUUGUAGAAUAAAAUGAAUUAAGAUCAAA